AUGACAAAACUGGACAGAACUGCUAAACCAAAUUUGGUACCAUUACAUGAUUUAUUAAAUAACGCAGUAAGCAAUACUCCUGCUAAUACUACUACUAGUAACCACCACAAUAACAAUAAUAAUGGAUAUAGUUAUAAAUCUGAUAUGGAAGCAGCUACACCACCAAAUAAUAAUCACAAUGACGGUGAUUUAACCCAUUCGGCAAUUAGCCCUAUUUCGGAAGAUAGUAGUCCUACUUCAAAUGUUACUAAAUUAAAUAAUUUAGAUGCUGCCACACCUCCUUCUUAUAUUACUCAGAAUAACAUUUCUAUAGUUUCUGAGACUCAUCCUACAACUGUUUCAGCAACAACUGUUAUGGCUACUCCAUCCAUUUCUACCACUACCGGAACUGUAACAAAUUUGACUACUGAUUCUUCAUCCAUCGAGGGAUCUGAUACUACUGUAAUGACUCCAUCUUCGAUUUCAGUGUCUAAAUAUAACCAAACUAUUGAUCACCAUAAUUUACCUAGCCCUACAUGUUCACAGACUGGUAGUAAUAACAGCGAUAACAUGAAUAAUAGUGGUGCAUCCACACCUAAUAGUAGUAGUGGUGGUGCUGGAGGUAACGAUAUGGAACCAUUGAUUUUAAUGUGUAAAUGGGAUCAUUGUGAUAAACAAUUUUCUCAACCUGAAUUAUUAUAUCAUCAUUUAUGUCAGGAUCAUGUUGGUAGAAAAUCUCAAAGAAAUUUGCAAUUGGAUUGUCAUUGGGAUACUUGUCAAACGAAGACAGAAAAGAGAGAUCACAUCACUUCUCACAUUAGAGUACAUAUUCCAUUGAAACCGUUCAGUUGUUCAUCUUGUUCUAAGAAAUUUAAAAGACCUCAAGAUUUAAAGAAACAUUUAAAGAUCCAUUUGGAUUAUGGUAAUAUUGCAAAACGGAAGAGAGGUCCAAAAGUUGGUUCGAAAAGAGUUAAUAAACACCCAAUAAUAUAUGGAUUAUCAUCUACUUCACCAAGUAUAGAUCAAAGGUCAAGAAGUUUACCUUCCACCUCGAUGACAAGCUUACCUCAUUUAAAUAAUGGUUUUAGAAAAUUCAUCACUAAUGAUAUUCAAUCAUACCAACCAAUCUUAACUAAUAGACUUGAUAAUCAAUUGCAAAUGGUAAUAGGUCAAACUAUAACAGGUAUCCCAACUACGAUUCAAGAUCCUCGUGUAUAUCGUGCUGUAGAUAUUAAUAACAAUAACAACAAUAGUGUGACAACGAACUCACAGGAAAGGGUAUCUCCUUCAACAGUUAUGGACUCCUUACCUCAUCAAGUAGCAACAAACGCCGCCGGAUUUUUCUCUGAAUUAUCCAAUAAUAUGGUCUCUAAUGCGACUACCUAUCAACAUCGUAAUAUACCAAUGCAAACACAACAUGCUCCGAUGUUUAGUGGAUAUGCUCAAUUACCUCCUUUAAGCGGAACAGGAUAUCCACAGACAACUGUCCUGGAUGUACCUCACACUGGUGCCAGUACUAAUAAUAAGAUUACGAUGUUGCCAUCAAUGACAGAUGUUCAAGGUUUACAACCAAGGUAUCAACAGAAUGUUAUUGACAGUUGGGGCCGUACAGCUGCUGGCAGUACUUCAAACAUUAUAUCAUCCUACCCAAUGAUACCGUCUAUGAUUCAUCAACAACAUACCCGACCUUCAACGGCUAUUGGAUCUGUAUCUUCAUCUGCAGCUGCUAAUGCUACUACUCAUGGAGCUGCUGUCACUUCAUUACCGUAUACUUUGCCAAAUGGCCUGGUAGUAAAUGCAAUCCCAGUAAGUAACAGUACAUUAAAUAUGGUCGAAAACAGAUACAGUUCAGUUCAAAGAAGUACAGGACAAGAAGCUGGACAAGAAGCUGGACAAGAAGCUGGACAAGAAGAUGAUUACGAAGACUCUGAGAGUUCAGAAGAAUCUUUCGAAGAAACUUUAGAAUUCGUUAACAUUAUCAGAGAUUACUUAAUGUGCACAUUGUUAGAAGAUGAAUAUAAUGAAGAUAUUAAUGAGAUUGAUGAUUCUCUUGAAGAUAUUGUUAAUGAUAAGUUCUGGAAAUGCAAUAACAAUGAAUUAAUAUCUAAAUACCCAACAAUUAAAGUAUGA